GACUUGACCCGACCUACUGAGAUCAUCGAAAUAAAAGGCGGAAGAAACCUGUAAUUGUUCUUUAACGGUCUCAUUGAAUCGAACCCUAGGUAUGGCUGGACCCGACGCAAGCUGUGUGAAUGAGAUCUGCCAGGGAGAUGAAUUUGUUUCAAAAGGCGUAAGAAACCUGGCCAUCUUCUUUGAGACUCUCGGCGCCUCUUCUCCGGAUACAAGGAAACAGUUCAGUUUCAGGGCCCGGGCACCUAGUUCUAUAACCAGCAAUCGGAAAGGCUGCGGAGGAUCUGCUGGUUCAGGUUUUGCCUUAUGCACCUAUACCUAUACUCCUGUCGACUUCAGGUCCAAGUUCAGAGGACCAGUGGCUGGCGAAGAUGCUUCAAUGGACAAAGCAGUGCCUUGCAACGAGUGUUCUAAGGAGCACCCCCCUUAUUCUUAUUGCCCUUACAGACCUUACAGGCCUUGUCGAAUUUGUUAUAACGUUCACCACCCUAGUCAUUGCCCUUACUUUGACCAUAUCCCACAGGGUGCAACUUUUGACCGUGGCUAUGAAAUAAUUUGUGGAUGUGGUAAUGAAUUUAAUGAGGAUAAGUGGGUUUGUACCUCAUGUGGUGGGAGCAGAGCAGUGCUUCAGCCCAAGUAUUGUUCCAUUUGUAAUAGCGUGAAACAGCAUGGCACAUAUGAAUGCCCGAAGGACAAGGUUCUUGCUGCUAAGUAUAAAUUGGCCAGAGACCAGAUACGUUCAGUUGUGCCGAAUUUGAUUCCUUAUGACACUGUCUAUAUUCCAAAAUCAUCAUCAGGAAAGAUCUAUGUUCCAACUCCUUGUGGGUGGGUUUGUGGACACAUGAAAGAAGGCUCGUAGAGUUGUAGUUCCUGCCGAGAUAGACGAAUGUCAACCCACUUCGUUUGAGCCAGGAGCUCGUAGUUGCUCUCGAGAUAGAUGAUUAUGAUCGGACUCGUCUCAGCCUCAACAGAGUCAAAUAGAUUUAUAUUCAUUGUGUGUCUCAGCCUCAACAGAGUCAAAUUUUAUUUAUUUUUUCUAUGAAGGAAAUAGAAAGUAUAGGUCGCCGGAGUUCGCUGUAUUAUUUGGUGAAUUUAAUCCGAUUUAUGUGGUUUUUUUUCGAGGCAGGAGGGAAUUUAUCUUGGAGACCAAGUAGCCUAAGCAUGUUAGUGUUUGAUUAAGAAGUGGACGUACAUGGGGCACCAAAGCCACCACUCCUUGAUUGACACCGGCAGAUUUCUCCAUGUAAAUAUGAACUCAGCCAACCCGGCCAUAUUUCCGUAUCAUUUUCCAAGAGAGCUUCUCUCUAUAUUUCACACGUAGUUUAUCUGUCUAGAGUUCUCGGCGAAUUAUAACUUUUGAUUCGUAACUCUAAUUUAGGAUGCCUUCUUUCUAUUUAUUUAGGUUUGGGUUAGAUCGAA